AUGUGGUUGCUAGUUUUAUUUUUUCUUAAAGUUUCUUGUCAAUUGAAUUCAAAUGGAACUGAGUCUGAAUCAUGUAAGUCUUAUAUAAAUGUUCAGGUUUGUUAACAAUAUAUAAUUCAGAUUUGACACCAUCGGAAGAUUUUACGAAAAAAUUGUUUGAGAAUUAUGAUAAUGAAGUUGCGCCUUUUUGUAAUGAUAAAAGUAUGUCAAAAAUUGAACAUUUCAUUUCAUUCUCCAUCUAAAUUUCAAACUUCAGGUGGCAUUGAAAGACAAGCAUGGAUAUUGAUUCUGAAAUUUAUCCGCUUUAAAUUAAUCGAUGUUGAUGAACCAAAAGAACAAGUAACUACAGUUGUUGAAGUUAAACAAAAUUGGUUUGAUCAACGAAUAUCAUGGGAUCCCGAAGAAAAUGAUAAUAUUACCCAACUGUUUAUACGACUUGAUAAAGUUUGGUCGCCUCCAUUCACGGCAUUUUCAGCGUAAGUAUUUUAUUGAGCUGUGAGUAGUAUUGUAACAAAAAAAUAUAGGAGUGAAGUUGUUGAGCAACGUGAUCAAGAUUAUCGAAUGGCAUCAAUUCAUAGUUAUGGCUCUGUUACGGCUCAUAUUCCAGUGAAACUCACAAUUAAUUGUAAAUUUAACAUGAGCAAUUAUCCAUUCGACACACAAAUAUGUGAAAUAAUUACGGGAAUUCCUUCGAUUCCAACACAUCUUCACAAACUUUCCGUUGAUUUCUCUCCAGCUUUGUCAGAUAAUCUAUGCAAUUUGGGAAACUCAGCAUGGGAUGUUAUUGAUAUUAGAAGUGGUCUUGUCAAUAUCAAAAAUAGUUAUGAAUUUGUGGAUAGUACUCGAAUUGGAAUUCUGAAAUUUCAAUUGAAAAGAAAUCCAACAUUUUAUAUGUAUAUGAUUGUUUUACCAAUUUUCAUUAUCAAUGCUUUGUCAUUUUCUGGAGUAUUUCUGAAAAAUACAACAAAAGUUGAUCGUCUUACUAUUGGAUUGACACAUAUUAUGACAAUGACAUUUAUAUUAGGAAUAAUUGCUGAUAAAUUACCAAAAACGAAUAGUGUUCCACUUCUCGGAAAAUACAUUAUUUUCGGAUUAUGCACAAUGAUCAUUGCCAUGCUUAUUUCCACAUAUCUCAAAAAAAUCACCGAAUAUUUAGCAGGAAAAUUAGGAAACACUCAAAACUCAAUUGGGUUGGUUGAAAACGAAAAAGUGUCAAUUUGAUUUGGAAUUAUUUACAGAAAACAUAUUCGACGAUUUAUUGGAAGACCGAGUCGAAUUAUUUUCAUCUUUGCUUUUCAAAUUGCAAACAUCGCAUCGAUUAUCUAUCUUUUGUAUCGUUAUUAUGAUUUCGAAACUCGAUUCAAACUUCCUGAAUCAUGCCAAGUAAGAUCAAAAACAAUGGAAUUUACACAUGAUGAAGAGGAUUGUGGAUGUUUCUGA